CAGCCAGCGCACCUCCUCAUCCUCACUGGCAUUGAGGUCAGAGCAGAGGAAGGCGAGAGAUCCGUGUGUGUGAGCUUUUACCUGGAAAUGUAUUCGUUUUUGCUACAUAGUUUGUGACUUUAUAUUUUCCAUUGAGGUAACUUCGUUUUAGCCAGUCGAACUGAUCAUAGGCCAUAUUCCCAUAUUGCGCAUUGUGCUGUGGAGAUGGUGAGUGUUCCGGACGCAGUUGUUCUUCAGGAUGGGGAGACUGUAGUCGAGGAGCCAAUGGGACCUAAGGACUGGAGCGAGAUGGCGAUGGAAGCUCCGUGUCGGGCUGGAGAUGAGAAGGCUGACCGGUGGCGGUCUCUGGGAAUCGUAUGGAGAAACGUUAUCCUCAUGGCCCUUCUGCACAUCGGGGCGGUGUAUUCCAUCCUUGUUAUCCCCAGAGCGAAGCCCCUUACCUGGGUCUGGUCCUACGUGUGUUUCAUCGUGACAGCCCUGGGGGUGACAGCAGGGGCCCAUCGGCUGUGGAGCCACCGCUCCUACAGGGCCAAGCUUCCUCUCAGAGUCUUCCUCGCAGCCGCCAACUCCAUGGCCUUCCAGAAUGACAUCUAUGAGUGGGCGAGAGACCACCGUGUGCACCACAAGUUCUCAGAGACAGAUGCAGACCCCCACAAUGCAACACGAGGCUUUUUCUUCGCUCACAUUGGCUGGCUGUUUGUGCGUAAACACCGCGAUGUCAUCGAGAAGGGAAAAAAGCUGGACGUCACUGAUCUCUUGGCUGACCCCGUGGUCCAGUUCCAGAGAAGGUAUUAUAAGACCUCAGUCCUGAUCAUGUGCUUCCUGGUUCCCACUGUGGUUCCCUGGUACUUUUGGGGUGAGACACUGUGGAACUCCUACUUCCUGGCAUCCAUCUUGCGUUACACGGUCUCGCUCAACGUCACCUGGCUGGUGAACAGCGCCGCCCACAUGUACGGGAACCGGCCGUACGACCAGAACAUCAGCCCCCGCGAGAACCGCUGGGUCACCUUCGGAGCCAUCGGUGAGGGUUUCCAUAACUUCCACCACACUUUCCCCUUUGACUACUCUACCAGUGAGUUCGGCCUGCGCUUCAACCCCACCACCUGUUUUAUCGAUCUCAUGUGCUGGAUGGGCCUAGCCAGCAACCGCAAGAAAGCCUCCGUGGAAACAAUACAGUCCAGGAAACUAAGGACAGGGGAUGGGAGCUACGGAGCGGUCAACAGCACACAAGAUAAAGAAGCAUGAGUGGUGGUUCUCACUGAACCAAGUUGUGGUUGAGAAGUCCACGGUGAGACGUCAAUAUAUUCUUAGACCGCCACUGCAUUAUGAUUUAUCAUCAUGUUUCGUCUGCUAUAUUUUGUACUUUGUUCUUUUGGAUCCCCAAAUUGUACAUUAUGUUCUGACACAAAGGUGUAGUUUUUGACUCACUGGUUAGUUAAUCCAAGGUUUAGUCUGGAAACCAAGACAACCAGACACCUUUUGAAAUCAGAAAAUCAAAUCCUAGCAUUGUUACUUACCUGUUGCAUGAGCUUCCACAAGCCAGGCUCUGCAGUACAUUACUAUGUGGAGAAGGGUUUCUAGUGCAGGGUGACUGGUGGGGAGACAUUAUAAAAGAUGACUCCUGCAUUCAGGAUACACAUGCUGUUUAUUGUCAACGUUUUGGUUGUCGCGUCUUGAAAAAGGUCACAGACCGAAACGUGGACGGUAAAUGUCAGUCACGUGUAGAGGUAAUGGUGUAUGGGAGUUAACUUUAAUAUGUUUCGACAUGUUUACCAGAACGGGACGUAAGGGAGAGAGGAGAGGUCUCUUGUUUCCUGUUCAUGGUCCCUGGAGAGUUCCCUCUAGCGUGGAAACUCACGUAACCUGUACCAAGUCCCCACCCCCCUUCAAUCCUUCAUCACAUCGAGAUGACCUUAGGCGGUGUGAAAUAGGGCCGCUGGUUGCGGGGAAUGUUUAUUUUAUUCCCUUGCCUUACCAUCAAUCAGAAUGUAUCGCCUGUGAUGUAUAACUUCUCUGUUUCCCUCCACGUUCAGCUUGUCUGCGAGACACAGACAUGCGGAAUAAAGCAACGUCUAAGUAGACGUCUGAGAAGCAGAUAGAUGACUGAGGAGGUCAGAUAGAUGACUGAGGAGGUCAGAUAGAUGACUGAGGAGGUCAGAUAGAUGACUGAGGAGGUCAGAUAGAUGACUGAGGAGGUCAGAUAGAUGACUGAGGAGGUCAGAUAGAUGACUGAGGAGGUCAGAUAGAUGACUGAGGAGGUCAGAUAGAUGACUGAGGAGGUCAGAUAGAUGACUGAGGAGGUCAGAUAGAUGACUGAGGAGGUCAGAUAGAUGACUGAGGAGGUCAGAUAGAUGACUGAGGAGGUCAGAUAGAUGACUGAGGAGGUCAGAUAGAUGACUGAGGAGGUCAGAUAGAUGACUGAGGAGGUCAGAUAGAUGACUGAGGAGUCAGAUAGAUGACUGAGGAGUCAGAUAGAUGACUGAGGAGGUCAGAUAGAUGACUGAGGAGGUCAGAUAGAUGACUGAGGAGGUCAGAUAGAUGACUGAGGAGGUCAGAUAGAUGACUGAGGAGGUCAGAUAGAUGACUGAGGAGGUCAGAUAGAUGACUGAGGAGGUCAGAUAGAUGACUGAGGAGUCAGACUGAGUGGAUGAGGUCUCUGACUGAUUCAGUCUUUAAUGAUCAUAGUUCACCUCUAUGCUUUCAGAGAAUCUAACGGACCGUGGAAGAAGUGGCGGGUAGAUGUUCAAUAUAUCAGUCAAAGCAAGGCCGCACUGCAGCUUCCAUGGCGACGAAUUAGUAGUUUAAAAAACGCUCACAGGAACAUUUCAGCGUUAUCUACUCACUAUGCUGAAAGUUCAGUCUCCAUAUUUACACCACACGACACCACUACUCUCAGGUAUACAACAGAAGUCUGUCGCUCAUGAUGUAGUGGGAGCGAUUCAGAUUUGAAUUCAAUACAAGACAGAACAUGAGAAAAAGACAUGAGGUACGAGAGCAUGUACUGAACUUUGAUCUAUCCCUUUGAUGAAUUGAUGAUCUAUCUAUUUGAUCUAUCCCUUUGAUGAAUUGAUGAUCUAUCUAUUUGAUCUAUCCCUUUGAUGAAUUGAUUCCACUCUAUUAUUAUGUUAUGUUAUGAGAGAUAACAUUACCAUAGGACUUUUAUUACUACUGUGCUUUAUAGUAUUGUUGAGAGAUGAGCUCGUCUGUUAUAUGCCUGUGUUUUCCUCCCCCAGUGACUGUAUUUGUUUCUAUUCUGUACCUGUCUUGUGUGGGUUAUAUGCUGUGUCGAUAUCAAUAGCCUAUAUAUUUCUGGUUUAGUUGUUUAGUUCUUAUUGGACACACACAUACAGUUGUGUUUAGCUAAACUUGUAGGGACACACAAUUGAUUCCCAUUCAAAAUCCUAUUUUCUCUAACCCCCAACUCUAAACUGAACCCUAAAUCUAACCCUUACCCUAACCUUAACCCGAAAACCUAACCCCUAACCCUAAACCCCUAGAAAUAGCCUUUUUCCUUAUGGGGACUAACAAAAUGUUCCCUGUUGGUCAAUUAUUUUCUUAGUUUACUAUUCUUGUGGGGACCCCUGGUUAAACUCUCUCACACACACACACACACACACACACUCGUAUAACUAACCUUGUGGAGACACACAAUUCAGCCCCAUUCAAAAUCAUAUUUUCCCUAAACCCCUAACUUUACCAUAAUCCCAAAACCUAGCCCUAAACCUAGCUCCUAACCCUAACACUAAUUCUAAACUUAACCCUAAACCCUCUAGAAAUAGCAUUUGACCUUGUGGGGACUAAUAAAAUAUCACCAGUUGGUCAAAUGUGAAUUAGUUUACUAUUCUUGUGGGGACCAGAUAAGUAAACACGUCCAGAGGACGGUGGAGUUUCCUUUGUAAAUGACUGGAUCCGGCUGAGAGGAUACAUAUGAUUAAACUGAUGUGUGGGUAACUGAAUGUCUAUAGUAUAUCAUCGUGCCAUUAUUAUAGCUAAGAUACAUUAUUUAAUGCAAAUGCUUUAUGUGUGUGUUUGUUGACUUUGUGCCAUGCUUUGGAGAGGGCUUUUUCAAUAACCAACUAUAGUAUAGGGGAGAGUGGGGUAAGUUGAGCCAUUUUUGACAUUCAGCAUCACCCCAUCAAGGGAAAUAUAGUAUUGUUUCUAACAAAGAUACCUAUAUACACUGAGUGUACAAAACAUUAUGAACACCUGCUCUUUCCAUGACAUAGACUGACCAGGUGAAAGAUAUGAUUCCUAAUUCCCUAAUCCCUAAUUUAACACUUGUUAAAUCCACUUCAAUCAGUGUAGAUGAAGGGGAGGAGACAGGUUAAAGAAGUAUUUUAAGCCUUGAGACAUUUGAGACAUGGAUUAUGUAUGUGUGCCAUUCAGAAAAAUGUAAGUGCCUUUGAACAGGGUUUGGUUGUAGGUGCCAGGCGCACAGGUUUGUGUCAAGAACUGCAACACUGCAGGGUUUUUCAUGCUCAACAGUUCCCCGUGUAUAUCAAGAAUGGUCCACCACCCAAAUGACAUCAAGCCAACUUGACACAACUGGGGGAAGUACUGGAGUCAACAUGGGCCAGCAUCUGUGGAACGCUUUGCCACCUUGUAGUGUCCAUGCCCUAAUGAAUUGAGGCUGUUCUGAGGGCAAAAGUGGGGUAAGGAUAUUGUGUAUCCUUGGAAAAAUAAGAAUUCAUUCUAAACAGUUUUGAAAGCAAAGCUUGUCCAAAAAAAAAGUGGUAUCUUGACACAACCUACCCCGGGUAUGAGGUAAGUUGAGCCGCGGGACAGGGUAAAUUAAGCCGUCUACAAACUUCUGUAAUGAAUGAAAUAUGACCACUACCUUUUUAAAACCAUUGUCUUUUAAUCAUUUUAAGCAGAUUUGAACACAGGCUAAACACUUAACAAACACUUUGUACCUAAAAAAAAAACACUUAACAUCAGGCCCUGUUGUUACCUCAUAUCCCAGUGAUAAUGUCUUGCGUUACGCCUGGGAACAAAACAUUUCAAUUGGCUCAACUAGCCAUUGGCUCAACUUACCCCAUAGCCAUUGGCUCAAUUUACCCCAUAGCCAU